AAAAAACAAUCGCUUCCGUGUUGUUAUCGGUUGUUAUUCUGGCAAAUACUAGCUUAGUACUUGAGUCAAAGCGGGAUUGCUAGGCAGUUAUUUGGUGGUUAAACCAUAAUGGUCUUGUAGGAUCAAUACAUAGUAUAGUUUUAUUCGCCAGAAUGUCGUUGCUACAGGGCUCCAAGAAAAAGGACAAGCGUAUUUUGUCCGGUACCUGCCCAGACCCGAAAUGUCAGGCGAGGCUAUUCUUCCCUGCUUACGGUUCGAUUAGCAUUGAAUGCACAGAGUGUGGCCAACGCCACGAACAGAAUAAUCUUUUAAAUGUGGAAGAAGUAACUGAUCCAGACGUUGUGCUUCACAAUUUGUUAAGAAAUGCCUUACUCGGUGUCACUGGUGCACCGAAAAAGGGAACAGAGCUGGUGAAAGUGAUGGGGCUUUCCAACUACCAUUGCAAGCUCCUUUCUCCUAUUCUCACAAGGUAUGGAAUGGAUAAGCAGACGGGAAAAGCGAAACUGCUGCGGGAAAUGAAUCAAGGAGAAAUGUUCGACUGUUCACUUCUAGGAGACAGGGCGUUUCUAAUUGAACAGGAGCAUGUAUGUACGGUUGGCUAUGGCAAGGACAGAUCCGGGAGCCUGAUAUACCUUCACGACACUUUGGAGGAGAUGAAGAAAGCAAACAGCAACAAAGAAUGCCUCAUUCCUGUUCAUGUGGAUGGAGAUGGACAUUGUCUUGUUCAUGCUGUGUCCAGGGCCCUGGUAGGCAGAGAACUGUUCUGGCAUGCCUUGAGAGAGAAUUUGAAACAACAUUUCAAACAAAACUUGGAUCGCUACAAGGCACUCUUUCAGGAUUUUAUUGAUGCAGCCGAAUGGGAGGACAUCAUCAAGGAAUGUGACCCCCUGUUUAUCCCACCGGAGGGUGUGCCACUGGGACUUCGGAACAUUCACAUAUUCGGCUUGGCCAAUGUGUUGCACCGCCCCAUAAUCUUGUUAGAUUCACUGAGUGGAAUGAGGAGCUCUGGGGAUUACUCUGCAAGUUUUCUCCCUGGGCUUGUGCCGGAAGAGCAGUGCAAAGGAAAAGACGGGAAGUUUAACAAGCCUAUAUGCAUCGCCUGGAGUAGCUCAGGGCGUAACCACUACAUCCCCCUCGUCGGGAUAAAGAACACCCUUCUCCCCAAGCUGCCACCGAGGCUUCUCCCCAAGGCAUGGGGAGUGCCACAGGAGCUCAUCAAGAAGUAUAUAAAGCUGGAACAAGAUGGGAGCUGUGUCAUCGGGGGAGACAGGAGCUUACAAGACAAGUAUGUGAUGAGACUGGUCAAUGCCAUGGAGGAGAUCUUCAUGGAGAAGCAUGGAAUCCACCCCUCCCUGGUGGCAGACGUGCAUCAGUACGUUUACAGACGGACCGGUGUGAUCGGCGUCCAACCCGAAGAGGUGACGGAGGCUGCCAGGAAAUCAGUCAUGGAAAACCGGCUACAUCGCUGUCUGAUCUGCAAUGCACUCUCUGAGCUUCAUGUUCUACCUGAGUGGCUGGCUCCAGGUGGUAAGCUCUACAACCUGGCUAAAUCCACCCACGGGAAGCUCAGACCUGACAAGAACUACAGCUUCCCGCUGAACAAGGUUGUCUGCUGUUACGACCCUGAGAGGGACAUCCUCAUUCCUGACUACAAGCUGAGCUCUUUGAACACAUGCAACUGGUGCCACGGCACCUCCGUGCGCCACAUCCAUGGCAACGGCUCUGUGGUGUAUCUGGAUGGAGACAGAACCAACACCCGUUCCCAGGGGGGCAAAUGUGGCUGCGGCUUUAAGCACUACUGGGAGGGAAAGGAAUACGACAAUCUGCCAGAGGCUUUCCCCAUCACUCUGGAGUGGGGUGGGCGGGUUGUGCGGGAGACUGUGUACUGGUUCCAGUAUGAGGUUAAUGUGGACCUGAACAGCAACGUGUAUGAUGUCGCCAUGAAACUGGUCACCAAGCAUUUCCCUGGGGAGUUUGGCAGUGAGCUCCUAGUGCAGAAAGUGGUAAACACCAUUUUACAUCACACUGCCAAGAAGAACCCAGACGAGUAUAACCCAGUCUCCAUUGACGGGGCGCAUGCUCAGAGGCUCACAGACGUGGUGGAAACCCAGCAGGCUGUUGACACACAGCCACCGACUAAGAUCAUACUAACUGGGCAGAAAUCAAAGACCAUUCACAAAGAGGAGCUUACAGUGAGUAAGGCAGAGCGGAGCCUUCAGCAGAGCAUCAGCGAGCAGGCCCUAGUGACCCAGAAGAGGAGGACGGAUCGACUGAAGCAGGAGCAGAAGGGACAGGGCAGGCCACCCUCCCCAAGUGCUGCUCAGGAACAUUCCUCCUCCCCAGCCACACCCACCAAAUCCUCCUUCUCCCCCACUUCCAGCAAGGAGAAGAAGAUCCGUGUCACCACUAGCGACGGGCGGCAGGCCAUGCUCACUCUACAGGCUCAGACCACCUUCUCUGAGCUCCAGAGGAGCAUUGCUAAUGAGUUCACCAUGCCUCCAGCCCAGCAAUGUAUCCGACAUGGAUUCCCACCCAAAGAACUUUUCCCUCCCAAGGAUGGAGCAGAGAAUGAACCGGUGGCUCUCCAACACGGGGACAGGGUGACUGUGGAGAUCCUGAGAGGUCCAGAGGACCGCAAGGCAUCCGCCCCAAGUGCUUCCAGUUCCCAUUCAACCCUGCAUUCCCUCCUCUCUGUGAAGAGUGAUGAUCCAGUGACUUCCAGCAGAAUGAAUACUAGCAGAGAGCUGCAGGACAACAUUGACCUUGAGAUGUCCUCCCUCUGUCUCUUAUCAACCUUAAUGGGAGAAGAUGUCUGGUCAUAUGCCAAAAAACUGCCUCACUUAUUCCACCAAGGUGGAGUUUUCUACAACAUUGUGAAGAAAGAUAUGGGCCUGAUGGAUGGCAAGCACUGCACCCUCCCACACCUGACUGGAAAGACGUUUGUUUACAACGCAGCAGAGGAGCGUCUGGAACUGUGUGUGGAUGCAGCAGGACACUUUCCCGUGGGCCCUGACGUGGAGGACCUCGUCAAGGAGGCCCUGGUGCAGCUCCGCUCUGAAGCUGCCUCCAGGAGUCGUGAGGGAAGCCCCUCUCACAGCCUGCUGAGGCUCGGGAGUGGAGGUGUGGUGCGCAAGAAGGAGCAGCUCCAAAGUGUCAACGCCUUCCAGGGUAAGGGCCACUCCCUGGGCAGCGCCCCAGGCGGCUCUCCCCCUGAACACAAGCCCAUCACCCGCCAGCACAGCAGCGGGGUGGACCUGAGCGCCAGCGCCUCCAAGGGACCUGACCUGUCUGACAUCUCAGAGGACGCGACCAAGGAGUUGGUGCGCAUGGCUCCCGGUUUUGUCACCAUGAAAGACAGCCGACACCUGGACCCUAGUAUGAUCGAAGAACAGAGGAAAAAACUACAGGAGAUGGUCUCAUCCAUCCAGGCCUCCAUGGACAGGCACCUGAGAGAGCAGAGCAAUGCAGGGGCAGGCAUUGGGGGCCCUGCGGAGAGGACAAGUGGAGCUAAGAUGAGUGCUUCCCAAUCUGCCCCAGGGGCAGGCGUAAAGGAGGCCUCUUCUAUGGACGUAUCUACUACUGGUGCUCAUGGCACAUCAGUGGAGGCAGGGAACAAGCCUGAUGGAAAGGAUGCAGUGUCAGAGGAGCUGGAGGAAAUGGAUAGCCAGGAUGCAGAGCAUACCAAUGCCCUGGAGCCAAUGGAUCAUUCCUGAUGGGAAAAGGGCCUGGUCCUAUACUUUUCUCAGUCAUGAUCAUUCACCCCUCUAUCUGGUUGGCAUUAGUGUGGGAAUGCUUCAGGUUGUAUCCAAGCUUUGGUAUUCAUUGUGUUUUGUUGUCUUUUACUGCAUGAUUGACAAGAGGUUGACUGUUUCUGCCUCUGGUGACAGUCUAAUGCUAUUAUACAGAAACAUGCACCGAGACCCAAGGAGCAACGCUGCUUCCUGUGUGUGAAAUACAUCCAUGUACAUGUCCUCCAUGUCUUAAAGGUCCAAUGCAGCUGUUUUUAUCUGAAUAUCAAAUCAUUUCUAGUUAACGAUUUCUAGUUAACAAUACCUUACUAACCAUGUUUCCAUUCACAGUUUUUAUGUGAGUAAAGUCAUACUGCAUUAAAAAAAAAAAAUAAUCACAAUCGUUGUGGUGGAAAUAGGAGGUUUCCGGUACAAUUUUGUAAAUGCCACAGAUAAUUUGUUCUUUCGACAUGGUGGGAUCUUUUUGUGUCGGUAAAAUUAAUUAUGCCAGAAAUGGAGGUGGAAACGCCUUUAUUUGUAAAUAUUGAUAUAAUAACCAUCAUCUCAAAGUAAAUUUAGAGUCAUGCGAUGACAUGGUGUGUGGUCCUCGACUCCUCCCGCUACAACUCGGGAUAAAUGAUGCAGUUAAUCAGUCUAUGGAUGAAAUAAGUUACGAUGAACUUCACAGGGUGGUGAAAGUGCACAGUGAUGAGCUUGACCUUCCUUUCCAAUAAAUGUAGAGGGUCUUAUUCUGGUGACAUGAUGAUCGAUGCUUGACUGCCGUUUGACAAAUAAAAAGAUUCUCUCUCUUAUUCAUAAUAAGCACAUCAUGUAGACUAACCGACACGCAGAUCCUACCUGCACUGCAUCUGCGAGAUGUUGGCUAGCGCGCACAUACCAAGACCAGAGUAGGCACGUUUGCUAUUUAAAGCAACAGUUAGUUUUGUCACAAUCUGUAGAGUUGAAAAUGCGAUGGAAACACAUUGAACGUUUUGAAUUUUUAUUCGGUACAUGAAAACAUAAGCAACAAAGUAAAUGUUUUGUGCACUACAUCACUCACUGACCUUUAUCUGCAACAAGUCAUGGAAACCUAGCUACUGUGAUUGUUUUCAAUUAAAAUGGUCAACAAAAAACAAAAAUCGCUUCUUAGGAAUUUCUCAAGCAAUAUUUUUGCAAGGACUGUUGGAGUGGGGAAAACGGAAAACUAUCUGUUAUUGGCAGAGAGAUAUGGAACUCUUCCUUAUUGGUCUAUUAACUAAUUUACCACCUGGUGAUUUCACCAGGCAGGCCAAAACACCAUCCCACCAAAUCACUCUGAAGUUUUAGGUGGUCUUUUCAAACAGCUCAUACACUAAAGGGGCAUUAUCAUUUUCACAAUUUCACAAGAUUAUUCCAACCUCAUAGUGUGGGAUUGUAUAUAAAACGGGAAAAUGUUGGACUGCACUGGGCCAUUAAGACAAGAGGGAGUUGAAGAGCUUGAGUUAAGAGCCUAUCCCACACCAGCAUUGUAAUGACCGCAAACAUCCGCUUCAGCAAAGUGCACACUGUAAAGGCAUUAGCCCUCAAACAUGAUAACCUACCAUCACAUUUAUUGCUUUACCAACAUACUUGCUUUACCAACACAUUGCUUUAAAACAACAGUGAAAUAUUCCAAAUUAAGUUUCUUUUCUGGAACGUUGCUCCCUAUAUGAAGGUUUGCUGUCUUAAUUCUUGAAGGAAGGAGAUGCGUGCCCUUAUGAUAAGUAACAAAAAUCAACAUUUGUUGUUGAAAAACCUUGUGAAAAAACUUUUUUUAGUUUGGAUUUGUUUUUGGAAAAUUGUAUAAGAAUUUAAAGAUUGUUUAAAAUGUAAUUUAGAUUAAUGCCAUUUCAAGUGAAGCACUGUUCUGAAAAUAACUCAGUUUAUUGGUGGAAAUUUGUGAAUUUAUUUUUGCUGGUUUGUAGUGAUUGCGGAUAAUGCCUGUUGAUUCUUUUGGGUUCAAGGUUCAUGCUACUUACUGGUUUGAAGUUAUUUAUGCUACUUUUCAUAUUUCUCAUGAAACCUAAAUGAUUGGCCCAAGUUAAGUGUGCUGUACAAGUGCUGAACUACUUGAUGUGGAACUGUAUUCUAUUGGAAGGCCCAGCAUAACGGCAGGGUAGCCUAGUGGUCAGAGCGUUGGCCUAGUAACCGGAAGGUUGCAAGUUCAUACCCCCGAGCUGACAAGGGACAAAUCUGUCGUUCUGCCCCUGAACAGGCAGUUAACCCACUGUUCCUAGGCCGUCAUUGAAAAUAAGAAUUUGUUCUUAACUUUUUGGACUUUAGUGAAUGAUUGAAUGCAGUGCGGGAUAUUUUAUCGAAAUACAUCUCUAAAAUAAGACUUGAUUUGUGAAUUUUUUACCAUAUACAGUGCCUUCGGAAAGUAUUCAGACCCCUUGACUUUUUCCACAUUCUAAAAUUGAUUAGUUUUUUUAUCUCCUCAAUCUACACACAAUACCUAUAAUGACAAAGCAAAAACUGUCUUUUAGAAAUUUAUGAAGAUUU